AUGAGCCUUGCCGACCGAUUCGAACGUGCCCUGGAACGCAGCCAGACCUAUGCACAAGGCGACAGCAUGGAGGAGUUCAAGUCCCUGAGCUUCGAGGAGAAAUGCCAACAGACCGUGACCUUUGGCAAGACUCAUGUGGGCAGAAACUUCUUGGACAUGUACCACAACGAGCCCAAGUGGAUGAAGUGGUUCCUGCGAACAUACGAGUCCUCCCAGAAGCUGGACCAUAUGAAACUCCGUCACUUUGUGCAGAUCAUGUUGGAGCAGGAGGAGAAGGGCGAGACGCUUCCAACGUUGGCCAUGACGGAGCCAGCACUCCAAAUGCCAAUGUUUGCCAAAGCCAAGGCGCGACCUCGAGAUCAAGCCCCAGUUCAUCACCUGCCCGAGGAGAUGAACCAACACCAGGCAAUGCAGCCAGACGCAGACGAUUGGUCUCUGGCCUCGAUGGCUCCCGAGCCCAACGAGAUGAUCACAGCACUGCAGGCGCGCAUGGGCCACAUGGAAAAUGCGAUGACGGAGAUUCUGAAUCACAUCCGCCAGCCGAAAAAGUUCCUCAAGCCUGCAGCAAAACUGAUUGAACCGAAUGAGUUGCCUCGCAAAAGAAGACGACUUGAGGUAAAAGGACCAGAAGAGGAUGCCAAGACACUCGUUCAGCAGAUUGUAUCUAGCAUCAAGCAGCAGCUUCCACGGGUAGGUAAGCAUGAGAUCACAGACCCAAAAAUAAUUGAAAAGGUUCAAGAAGUCUUCAACGACAAGAUUGUCCACCGAAUAGUUGCAUGCAAGGGUACCGAACGCACAUUAGGACCUCCAAAGCAAUUAUUGCGAGGGGAAGCACCAUACCGUAGAGCCAUUGUCGAAGUCCGAGACUCCCACCAAAUCCUUGUAGAAGACCAUUGGGAACUCUGGGAAGACCUUUCUCAAAGACAAUUGAUCAGAGCAUCUCAUUCCUGCCACGUGAAUAUAACAGUGUUUGCUGCCAGUCCAACAGCAAUUGAGCCUGCGGAUGGUGACCAAGAUUUGCCACCAGACCGUAGUGACAGCCAAUCCACGACUCCGGAUGAGUCAGUACCAAUGCAGUCCCAAGUCACUGACUCUGGAUCACAAUCACCGGAGCCCGAAGCUCCGGUAGAGCCCAAGAUAUUAGAUGUGGAUCAUGACCCUGACGCAGCCGACAUCCAGAGUCAGAUGCAUGGAAAUCGAUUUUUGGCACUACCUCCCGAAGAGCGAAGCCUCCUCAUCCGAGUGCACAAGAACCUUGGACAUCCGUCUAAGCAGGUUCUCAGCCAGGUCCUUCGCCAGAAGGGAUUUCCCAUGACCAUGAUACAAGCACUUGAAGAUUAUCAAUGUUCAACUUGUCAAAUGCAACAGAAGCCGCGCAUACCCAGACCAGCUACCCUGAAACCAGAAAUGGAUUUUUGUGACAAAGUAUCAACCGAUGGUGUCACUUGGAUCAACAAAAAUGGUCAAUCCUUUCAUUUCUAUCACUACAUAGAUCAUGGUACGAAUUUCCAAACAGCAUGUGUUGCACCCAGUCGAACCGCAGAACAAGCUGUUGAAAAACUUAUUCAAAGCUGGUUCCUAUGGGCUGGGCCCCCAAAUGAGAUGAUCAUGGAUUCAGCCACAGAAUUCACAUCAGAGAUAUUUCAGAAGUUCCUGCAACAGAACAAUGUCAAAGCCACAGUGAUUCCACCGGGAGCUCAUUGGCAAAUUGGAAAAACCGAGCGCCAUGGAGAAAUCCUCCAGGAAAUGUUGUCCAAGUUUGAAUUAGACCAUGGUAUCAACAACUACUCUGAGCUCCAGACAGCCUUGUCCAUGUGUACAGCCGCAAAGAAUGCAUGCAGUUUAAGACAUGGAUUUUCACCCGAAGUAUUGGUGUUUGGAAAAGGCCUCCGAGUUCCUGGAUCUGUAGCCAGCGAUGACCACCUCCCAUCUCACUUAGCAGCCAUGGAUGAGAACGGUCAUGGUAUCCGUUUUCGAACCCAAUUGGCAAUGCGUGAAGCAGCACGAAAGGCAUUUCACGAAGCCGAUAACAGCAUGGCACUGAGAAGAGCAAUGCUUCGCCGAAAUCGCCCAAACCGGGGCAAUUACGUAGCUGGUGAAUGGGUAAUGAUCUGGAGACAAAGUGAACACCAGAAAGGUUGGAUUGGUCCGUGUAAAGUCAUUCAACAAGAUGGACAAAACUCAGUUUUCAGCAUGCACCAUGGAACUUUAGUUCGAGCAGCCCCUGAACACGUACGACCAGUGAGUUCUGUUGAAGCCCAACUUAUUCCCGACCAUGAAAGCUUGAUUCUCCCACAGAUGCAGGCCAGGGAAUCCAACAUGAGGGCCAAUUUAGAAUCCCCACAAAGAAUCAAUGCGGAUAACAGUAGUGACAACGUCAUUCCCUCAAGCAAUGCUUCCAGAGAAAGAUCAGAUGGAAAUCACCAAGAAAGCUCAAAUUCUUCACAAUCCCAAGAACAACCUGACACUGAACCAGAAACUGUGCCGCAAGCUGAAAUGCCGACGCCUGAAAAUCCUCCCGAAGCACACGAAGUGCCAGUUCCCGACAGUGAUGAUGAUGGCUUGAUGUGCGAUCUUUUGCUGUGCCAAGACCUCGAUGAUUCCCAACACUUAAAGACAACCAGCGACCUUGCUUGGCGCUUUGAGGUUGAUGUUCCCGCUGAUGACGUGUGUUUCAACAUAAGUCAUGACCAAGUGGAAGAACUGAUUUUUCUUGCAUCAAAUCCAAAGAAACAAAGAACAGAAGUGAAACUGAGCACACUUUCACCCAGUGAAAAGGCAGAGUUUGAGAAGGCCAAACAAACAGAGGUAGACAACUGGUUGAAGACAGGUACAGUAUGCAAAAUCCUCAGGAACAAAUUGUCAGCCGAACAGAUCCUGAGAUGCCGAUGGAUCUACGUACGGAAACCAAUAGAAGACAAAGAUGAACAAAAGAGAAUCGGUAAAGACAAAAAGGCAAAGGCCAGAUUGGUUGUGCUAGGAUUUCUUGACCCUGCCCUUGACAAAGUGCAACGAGACAGUCCUACACUUGGACGACAAUCCAGAAUGUUGAUUUUACAGUUGAUUGCCUCAAUGAACUGGGAAUUGUCAUCAUUUGACAUCAAAGCCGCCUUUUUGCAAGGCAAGACGCAGGAGGGACGAGUGUUGGCCAUCGAACCAGUUCCCGAAAUGGCAAAAGCCAUGCAGCUCAAACCCACCGAAGUGUGUAAACUCGCCAAGUCAGCAUAUGGAUUAAUUGAUGCCCCCUUCUUGUGGUACCAAGAACUUGACCGAACGCUGAGAUCAUUGUCGUUUAUUCCUUCACCUUUUGAUCCCACUGUUUAUGUGCUAUAUGAACCCGAAACAACAAAAAUCGCAGGUAUCAUCGGAGUUCAUGUCGAUGACGGUCUUUGUGGGGGUAAUGCCUAUUUCAAAACAAAGCUUGCAGAACUUGAAAAGAUCUUUCCAUUUGGGUCCAAGAAAGUACAAACAUUCACCUUUACCGGUAUUGACAUGCACCAAAAUUCCAAUUUCAGUAUCAACUUGUCACAAGAAAAGUACAUUUCCAAAAUUGAACCAAUUCACAUCGAUGCCAUCCGAAAAUAUCAACAUGAUCUUUCAGUGACCCCAGAAGAGCAGCAGGCUCUAAGAGCCUUGAUAGGAUCGCUUCAGUACGCAGCUGUCAACACCCGGCCUGACUUGUCCAGCCGACUGAGUUUCUUGCAAAGUGCUGUGAACAGUGCCACCAUACAGACUCUGAACGAAGCCAACAAAAUACUUCACGAUGCCAAACGCCACAAAGACACUACCAUAACUGUCCAGCCAAUCCCAAUUAACAAACUGAGAUUCCUUGCAUUUUCUGAUGCAUCAUUCUCAUCAAAGAAACAGCCUGAUUCACACACAGGAAUGAUGAUAAUGACAACACAUGAACAGAUUGCCGAGAACGUACAAAGCCCAGUUUCGCCCAUAUCCUGGGGCUGUAAAAAGAUACAAAAGGUCGUAGUAAGUACUUUGUCAGCUGAAGCCACGUCCCUGAAUAGUACACUCGAUCAGUUGUCAUGGUUAAGAUUGUACUGGGCAUGGAUUUUAAACCCACAAACUACAUGGAAGGAACCCAAAGCAGCCUUGAGUCAGCUUCCAAAUUCCAUAACAACAGCCACCAUGAAAAUCAGUGAAUCAGACAUAGCUGUGACGGAUUGCAAGUCACUGUUUGACAUGGUGUCGCGAACAGCACCCCCAAAUUGCCAAGAGUUCAGGACUCAGUUGUUGGCCAGAGCCAUCAAAGAUUUGAUGUCCGAAGGAGUGACGCUUAAGUGGGUCCAUUCAGGUGCUCAACUUGCCGACAGCCUCACGAAGAUUAUGGAAACAAGCUUCCUCCGAGAAACCUUGAAGUAUGGAUUCUAUCAGUUGCAUGACCAAGAUCAGAUCUUGAAAGACAGAGCAAAUGCACGCAACCGAUUAAAAUGGCUAAAAACUUCAGAAGAAAAUUGA